GUCGUUUCUCGAGGUCACAUGCUGGGUCCGCGCAGCCGCCUGCUCGCCAGCUGAGCAUCCGUUCAAUGUUCGGCGAACGCUCGAACAGUGUAGAGCAGUGGGUGUCGUGUCGUUGCCUGAUUGCCCGACAGUGGUGGUGUGACGGUUCGUCGAUGCCUUCGGCGCAGUGCGGAUAGACUCACACAUUCGCAGUGUUCGCUGACAAGCCGCCGCUUUGGCAAGAAUGAACGCGACCGACCACGGUUCCUCGAGAGCGGGAGAGACAAGCAAACGAAACAAAAAAGCGUAAUAAACCUUCUUGGUUGGCGAUGGUCGGGUGGGCGUUUGGUGUGGGGAAGGGGGAAUGACGGAAAUAAAAGAAUUAAAAACGAAAGGAAGUGAACGGCGCAGCCCCUCUCAAUUCUUCCUGGAAAUCACGACUGCAGCAAGAAACAAGCAUCGUCUCUGUAGGCAUCUCUCGGGUCACGCGGUGUUUUUCCACGGCUCUCCUCCCUCCACUGUGGCGGCGUCGAGCGGUCUGCUGCGUAGGCUUCCCCCACGGCAACCCCCGGCAAAAGGGAGUGAUGGUGGUGCACAUGGCCAGUGGGGGCCGUGGGGACACAGAAGCCGUGCUGCUGCCAUUCGCUCACCAGGUGGGAGGCCACAGCCGCAUGCUACUGCUGGACCCCGGCACCCUGUGCAAACCGCUCAUCCCAAGGGAGCUGCACUUUUAUUUGCACGUGCCACGUGAGAUGCGACCCUUCGUUCCCGCCUACAAGGGCGUCAUUCAGGUACACCAUGGGCAUGCCAGCGAGGAUGAGGACGAUGAGGACGACGAGUCGUGGUGCCCGGGAAAGACCUCCGGAAGCGAAGCCUCGCAGUUCAGGGUGCAAAUCUGCAGCUGCAACGAGGAACGCCUGCUGCUGCGCGAAGCUUCGUCUUGGAGUGGAAGCCAAUACCUGCUGCUGUUGGAAAACGUCGUGUCGCACUUUCGUCGGCCGUGCAUUCUGGACUUGAAGAUGGGUACGCGGCAGCACGGUGACGAUGCCUCCGAGGAGAAGCGCCAUCGCCAGAUGGCCAAGUGCGCCGCCAGCACCUCUGCUUCGUUGGGUGUCCGCAUCUGCGGCAUGCAGGUGUACCAGUCGGGCAGCUUCGUGUGCCGGGACAAGUACUACGGCCGGCGGCUGGACGACCGGGGCCUGCGCCACUGUCUGCGGCAGUUCUUCCACGAUGGCUACAGACUGCGUGCCGACCUGGUGGCGCUGGUCACGCAGCGACUGCUGGCACUGCGUCGGGCCGUUGAGCGCCAGAACUCAUUCCGCUUCUAUUCGUCCUCACUGCUCGUCAUCUACGAGGGCUCUUCUUCGGCGUCUUCGCACGAAGACGACGAGGCCUCCAGCAGCACGGCGGGGACUUCGGUCGAGUCGGAAGAGGACGACGCGCCGUCGCCACCGCGCGUAGACGUGCGGAUGAUCGACUUUGCGCACACGACACAUGAGGGCUACGAGGGCGACACCACGCGACACUGUGGGCCGGAUGCGGGUUAUCUGCUCGGACUAGACAAUCUGGUGCGAUUGCUGAGCGAAGUGCAAGCCUCGGCCAUUGACAAGUAGAUCGGACAUCCGUUUGUCGUGCCGCUUCGACGCUCACUCGCCCUUUUCAAAAUGUGGCAGUGUUGCCACACCGGUGACUGGUUGAAUUUCUGAAUGCCACGAGUGCGAAUGAGAAGUAGAAUAUCUUCUGUAUAUAUAUAUAUAUAUAUACAUAUAUAUAUACAUACACACAUAUAUAACGGCCCUGCCAUUUGCCGGCGAGGGGCCUUACCUCACUGCCAGCUAUCACGUCUUCGACUGUGGGCAGGCUGGGCGAAGACAUUGCUGAUGGUACAAUGUGUGGCAAACUAUUUUUUUUGUACGCCUACACUGCUGUGCGCAAUGGACACAGUGCCAUUGGCACAGCUUUUCUGGCUGCCGUCUCGUGGGUUCGUGACGAUGUUGACAUUGGGCAUCUUUGCCUCAGUGAUGCAGAUUUAGUUUCUUUUUUUUUUUAUCGUGCCUGAAUGACAAAACUGGUAAGAGCCUGCGAUCGUUACUUGUUGAAGAGGCAGCUGAAGUGUUUCCUCUCACACGAACACUGCCCAAAUCUCACACACUUCUUUACCAUACCCGAUGUUACCCUGUGUUGGCUUUAAAACUUCAGUCAUCACCCGUGGUGUAAACAGGCACCUUUUUUUUUUUUGCAUUGUGCUGGUUUUCUUCCAGGUCACACAGCAUGGACACUGGUAGCAUUGUGGCUAAAGUUGAGGCUGAUUCGUUUUGCUCUUGGUCCGGUGGUCUAACCAAAAGCAUUGUGGGUUUGUAGCCCAGCGACAAUACCAGCUGCAAGACUAGCGCCGAAAUAAAAAAAAAAAGAUAUUGCAGUUGGUGCAUGCUUCAUAUAAUAUGUGGGGCACAUAGAAAUUGGACAACACUGUUUUUUGAAAUUGUGUGGUGCGCUUUAGGGAAGUCUAAACGGUUGUGGCUCUCUGCAAUCCCUGUGGGCCCUUGUUGGCUGCCAUUGUCAGACAUUCAGCUCCGAUGCCUUGAAGUCUUUGUAGGAAGUUCUAAGCUAUUGGCAAUUACAUAAAGUGAGUUCCAUUAAGCAUGAUAGCAGCGCUUAAAUGAUAUAAUAGCAUGACUAUUUUUUCUUGUCCUUGAUGCGUAAAAAAAAGCCACAAUGAGCAGUAUCCAAUCGUGGCACAGUGAAAUAUGACUGACUGAUCUAAGGUUGUGCAGUGGCGCAGUGCCCUGUUGGUUUGGCAUUUACCUGUAUGCGCAGCCUCGCUGAUCUGGGCAAACUGCACACUUCUGUUUUUCCACUCGGUGAAUGUAGGAUGCAUUGGUUUGUGUUUGUUGUUUUGUCAGAGGCGCGCUGCUUUGGGGGGGGGUCACCACUUAAGCUCUGUUCCUCUGCUUUCUUGAGUAUUGGAGGGCUGAACGUGGUAUGCUCACGUGACAAAGAAUCCAUUGGCUUGUUGUUGGCACUGCCGUAAAAUUGAAGUGCGUAGAAGGAACUCAAAAACGGGUUUAUCCUUAAGAUGGCAUGCAGUGUUGCUCAAUAGAAUGUACAGCAGGUCAUAUAUUUAAAUUAUGGGUUUACUCUUUUUUCUUCCUUUUUUGUUGUUAAGUUGCCAGAUAAAGAACUGUACAUCGCAGCAUCCAUUGUGCUGUAUCGCUGGUUUGAACAAAAGUUGCCCUGGCAUUGAACUUUUCCUCUAAUUGGCUCCUACGUUGCACAAUUGUUGCAUAACAUUCAGUUGCCACUCUUUGAGGGGGGCGGGUGGGGGCAAGGCUAUUAUUGUAUCUUGCCAAACAACGUUGCCAUUGGGAUAUCCCCCGGCACAGUUUCAAGUGAGGAUUUCACACUUUCGUUUGCUUUUUCUGUGGCAACAAAAAAAAAAGUCAUCCCAGUAUAUACAAAGAUAAGUGAAAAUAGCUUCUACAACUUGCUGUGCCAAAAACAUGUUCGAAGCUGUCAUUAAAAAUGUUCGACCCUCUUGGCCGAAUUAUCAUGCCUUUUGUUGAACUAUGACACCUUAAAAUUACUUUGUGUCGUAGUGUUGCACAUAUGCUGCUCUACAAUGGUGUCACUUUUUUUGAGACUGAAGCCCAAACUUAGGUCUUGCAACUUCACUGUGCAUCACUUUACGUGAUGAUGGUGUGGAGAGCACAGGUUCGACUUAGGAAAUAGAUUUCAGGGUAACUUCAUGGGCGAGCUGGUGUUUGCUAAACACAUCGUAGUAGCGCAAAGCUUGAAAAUGAAAGGAAUCGGAAUAAACAGUAUUUCUUUCCUCUCCUUCUGUUUCCUUUCAUUCUCAAGUUUUGCGCUACUGCAAUAUGUUUGGGAAAUAAACUUUUACUCUGUUCUUUCUUUCUUUGGUCGACUCGCCGCCGUCCAAACCACCGUCAUGUUUAGAAGAGUUGUGUAAUUGUGGGGUUGUCAUGCUUGUGUGCAAGAUUUCUUUGUCGUUGUAACCUGGAUGAAAGGUUUAGUGUUGAUGAAGAGUGUAGUAGUCGGAGAAGCCAGAGUUGGGAAAAGUGAUGGCACACUAGCACCGGUUUUGUUUUAUGGAUUAGCAGCAGUGUUUCAUCGACACCCGAUGUUCAUCCGACGAGUUCCAGCAAUGUAAAAGUUUUCAUUGUCAGUAUUCUUGCAGUCGUCCACCAUUCAGCCAAUGUGCGCUAUAUUGUCUGGGACAUAUGCGAAACUAAAUCCAGUGGCAGCUUUACAAAAUAUGUUCGCAUGUGCUGAAGCAAAAAUCACAAAAGAAAGCCUUUACUUUUGAUCCUGAGGGCAGAGAUGUUUUGCAUUCGAUAUGUAUGUUGUAUAUUUAUGGACCUAUCUCGUCUCUGUUUAGGGCUUCCACUGUGUGGAAACGUUUUUUUUUCUUUUUUGGUUGUAAAUUGUUAGAUGUGGUGUUGAGCAACUAUUUUGUUUGUGCAAGUUUUCAAUGUUGCUUGUGAUCUAUUAACGUUGCUUACCUUGUUUUCUGCUGAACUUCUUGUUGUUGUGCUUGUUGUGAGGUGUGUUGCGUGUUUCGAUGCUGCAGGUUUUGUGCGUUUUUUAUAUUAAAUGUUGUCAAUAGUGGUGUUGUGGUGGAGUGUGCGAACAUUGUGGCCUCGACUGAGCAAUAGCGCAUCGCAGCAUGCUCGUCUCAACAGCGGCAUACUGCCUGGACUGAUAAAUGUCGCUUCUCCUAUGGACUGUGUCCUGCGUUGCGCCACUGGCCUACGGCCGUGUGAUCGGAAGUUGCAAAACAGUGAUGAGCCGAACACUAUGCAUAACUCGCGUUGUGGUUGUUGUAUCUCAUUAUAUAGUUUUAAACUAAAUUUGGGAAGACCCCCGA